AUGGAGAAAGGGAAAAGGGAUGUGUACUCUCCAGACACAGUUCUUGAGGACUAUUUAACGAGAUUAGAAUCAGAAACAGACUCUUCAAAAGAGAACACUUCAGAAUUUGAAGCUUGCAGAGACCCAAAAUCUACUUCGGGAUGGGCUCGAUUUUUCAGAUUUUGGCGAAGUAGAUCAAAAAACUCUGUAGCCACCUUGCGCCCUCUUACUAUUAUGAAACUAUCUAGAAGAUUUAGCCGUAGUAUGAGAGAGGAAAUUGCAGUGGUGGUGCCAAAUCCAAUUGUAGAUGAAACUCACUUGACCUAUUUCAAGCCUCAUUGUAAAAUUUUCAGUCUCUUAGAACUCCAAAAAGCAACCAACAGUUUUAACCAUGAAAACUUGAUUGGAAAGGGUGGCUAUGCUGAAGUUUACAAAGGGUGUUUGAGAGAUGGGGGGCUUGUUGCGAUUAAACGUCUGACACGAGGAACACCCGAAGAGAAGAUAGGGGACUUCUUAUCCGAGCUUGGUAUUAUGGCCCAUGUUAACCAUCCAAAUACUGCUAAAUUACUCGGGUAUGGGGUCGAAGGAGGAAUGCACCUUGUUCUUGAGUUGUCUCCCCAUGGCAGUUUGGCUUCUCUGCUUCAUGGUUCGAAGAGGAUGAUCGAAUGGGAUGUUACGUAUAAAGUUGCACUAGGAACAGCUAAAGGUCUUUUGUAUCUUCAUGAGGGUUGUCAAAGGAGGAUCAUCCACAGAGAUAUCAAGGCUGCAAAUAUAUUGCUUACAGAGGACUUUGAGCCUCAGAUUUGUGAUUUUGGGCUUGCAAAAUGGCUGCCGGAGCAAUGGACUCACCACACUAUCUCAAAGUUUGAAGGCACCUUUGGCUAUCUUGCUCCGGAGUUCUUAAUGCAUGGUAUAGUGGAUGAAAAGACGGAUGUUUUCGCCUUUGGUGUGCUGCUGUUGGAACUCAUCAGUGGACGUCGAGCUCUUGAUUACUCACAGCAAAGCCUUGUUUUGUGGGCAAAACCCCUGCUUAAGAAGAACAGGAUCAGAGAGCUUGUUGAUCCUUCACUUGGUGAUAACUACGACUCACUACAGAUGAAGAUCGUUGUUUUGGCUGCCUCCUUAUGUGUUUUAGAGAUUCUAAAAGGUAAUCAUGGGAGCUUAGAAUUGGUGGAAAAUGGUAGGAAGCCAUCAUAUUGGAUAAGGUACUAUGAAGAGCUUUUUAAAGCACAAGAGAGCAACUUCACCAGGGACUUGAAUGUUCUUAAUCAGCAGAAACAGAUGGCUCAGGAAGUCUGA